GAAGAGAAAAAGGUACGAAGUCCUAGCUAAUUAUAUAUAGGAGAAGUACACAGGCCAUAUAGGCGGCAGUAAUUAGUGGGAAGCCAUGGAUGUUGAAAACGUAUUAAACAUGAAUGCAGGAGAGGGAGAAACUAGCUAUGCCAAUAACUCAAUCCAUCAAAGACAAGCGAUAACGAAAGUUCGGGCAAUCAUGGAAGACGCUGUAAAGAAUGCGGUUAGCAUGACCACCUUUCCGACAUGUAUUCAGGUGGCGGACUUAGGUUGCUCUUCAGGACCCAACACCUUCUUGGUGAUCUCUGAAAUUGUAGACACCGUCCAUGGGAUAUAUCAACAGACCAAUAACAAAUCACCGGAGCUCCAAGUUUUCCUAAACGACCUUCCAGGGAAUGACUUCAACACUGUUUUCAAGUCUUUACCUGCGUUUUAUAAGAAGCUGAAGGAAGAGAAGGGAGACUUCGGGCCUUGUUUUGUUUCAGGACUUGCAGGUUCUUUCUAUGGAAGGCUUUUCCCCAGCCAAAGUCUACAUUUUGUACAUUCUUCCAACAGUCUUCAUUGGCUCUCUCAGGUUCCUAACGGGCUUUCCAACAACAAGGCGAACGUGUUCAUAGCAAAGUCGAGCCCUCCCAGUGUAUUUAAAGCGUACAAAGAGCAAUUUCGUAGAGAUUUCUCCAAAUUUCUACGCUCACGCGCUGUGGAAAUUAUGCCCGGGGGGCAUAUGCUUCUUACGUUUCUUGGGAGGAGCGCCUUGGAUCCUACAACCAAUGAUUGUUGUAAAAUGGCGGAGCUGCUAUCCAAAUCGCUCCUUGAUUUGGUGGCCCAGGGGAUUGUUAAAGAGGGUGACGUGGAUUCCUUCAAUUUACCUCUCUAUAGACCCUUCAAGGGUGAAGUAAGGGAAAUUAUUGACAAUGAGGGGUCCUUUAAUAUUGAGAAGCUUGAAACAUUUGAGGUGGAUUGGGAUAAUAGCGACACCAGUGAGGACGACCAAUAUUGUGUGAGCGGGCAAAAUGUAGCAAAAUGGAUCAGAGCUGGAACAGAGCCCAUGCUGGCUACUCAUUUUGGAGCUGGAACGGCAAUGGACAGCUUAUUUGCAAGGUUUGCACAGCAUGUGGCCGAGCAUCUGUGCAUAGAAAAGACAGCAGACUUUUAUAUAGUCCUUUCCAUGACAAAGAAGUAGAUCUUUAAGGCUAUAUAUAUAUAUAUGGCUACGUAGAUCCAGCUUGCCCUUGAAUAAAAAUAAUUAAUUAAACUUGUAAUUUUUUCAGUAAUUAAAACUUUUCAAAAGUUAUGUAAUAAUUAAUAUGCGUCAAUCGAUCACUUUGCUUAAUUUGCUAUU